AUGGAUGAUAUCAGGCCAGCUGAUGCAUACGGCACCAAAUAUGCCGAAAAGGUGCAAGCAGAAGCAGCUGAAGGAGCAGAAGGAGCAGAUGCAGAGGCAGGAGACGAUGGCGUCGAGGCGACUAAGCGCGGGCUCGAGCAGAGGAACGUCGGCAGCCUGCAGCGUCGACUCAAGGCCCGCCACAUCCAGUUCCUGGCCCUGUCCGGCGCUAUAGGGACGGGCCUGUUCGUGGGCAGCGGGCAGGUGCUCUCGCUGGCGGGCCCCCUCUCUGCCUUUCUCGCGUAUCUCAUCACGGGCGCCAACCUGUACGCUGUCAUUACCAGCCUGGGGGAGAUGGCCACCUGGCUGCCGCUGCCGGGUGCGGUCCCGGUCUAUGCAGCUCGAUAUGUCGACCCUGCGUUGGGCUUCACCUUGGGCUGGAACUACUGGUACCAGCUCGCCAUCGGGGUGCCUAUCGAGAUCAGCGCCAGCGUCCUGGUCAUCGACUACUGGCCAAACCCCGUCCCCAAAUGGGCGUGGAUCACCAUCUUCCUACUGCUGCUCGUCCUGCUCAACUGUUUGCCCGUCAGCUACUAUGGCGAGACCGAGUUUAUCUUUGGCGCCAUCAAGCUCACUGCCAUCCUCGGCCUGAUCGUCCUCAUGUUUGUCAUCAUGCUGGGGGGCUCGCCUACCCAUGACCGCAUAGGCUUUCGAUACUGGGUUAGCCCGGGCCCCAUGGCCACCUACCUCAGGCCGGGCUCCCUGGGCCGGUUCCUUGCCUUCUGGAAGGUCUUCAUCCAAGCCACCUUCAGCUAUGGCGGCAGCGAGAUGGUCGUCAUCGCUGCCGGAGAGACCCAGAACCCGCGCUACAACAUCCCCAAGGCCGUCCGCCGCGUGUUCUGGCGCAUUCUCCUCUUCUACGUGCUCGCCAUCUUCCUCGUGGGCAUGUGCGUCUCGUCCGAGGACCGCAGGCUGCUCAACGCGCUCCGCACUGGUGCCCCGGGGGUCGGUGCGAGCCCCUUUGUCAUUGCAAUUGCAAACGGCGGCAUCCCCGUCCUCCCACACAUCAUCAACGCUGUCGUGCUUUCGUCUGCCUUCUCUGCAGGGAACACUUUCUUCUACGCAGCCACCCGCGUGCUCUAUGCCACUGCCCUGGACGGCAAAGCUCCCGCAUUCCUCCGCUUUGAGCGCCUGGGCGUCCCCUACGCAUGUGUCGGCGUGACCACCGCCCUCAGCCUGCUUGUCUAUCUCAACAUCUCCUCCAGUGCCAGCGAGGUCUUCUUCUGGAUAAGCAACAUCUCCUCCGUCAGCACCCUGCUCGUCUGGGCCUCGAUAUCAAUCACCUACAUCCGCUUCUACCACGGUAUGGCUAGCCAGGGUAUCCCACGCUCCGCUCUACCCUAUAGAUCCCCCUUCCAACCCUACCUCGCCUGGUUUGCAGUCACCUUCUGCUCUGUCGUGGCCUUUUUCAACGGCUUUGACGCCUUUUUCCCUGGUAAAUUCAGUGCAAAGACCUUCAUCCCCCCUUACAUUAACAUACCUAUCUUCGCUACCCUGUUUCUCAGCUACAAGUUUAUAUACCGCACCCGGCUCGUCCCGCUGCAUGAAAUGGACUUUUUCUCCGGAAAGGAGCAUGCUGAUAGGCUCGAGAGCACAUGGGUCAAGCCUGUUGCUAAGAACUUUCUACAGCGUAUCUGGUUUUGGAUUGCGUGA